AAAAACCAGAUAAUUAUAAUAAUAGCAAUCAUAGAAAAGAUAGCAGCAAAUAAAUUUUUAUUAUAAAUAAAUCAUGUCCUAUCAAUUGUAUCGCAACACCACAUUGGGUCAUACCUUACAGGAAAGCCUAGACGAGCUUAUACAGUAUGGCCAAAUUACACCAGCCUUGGCAUUAAAGGUGCUUCUGCAAUUCGAUAAAUGUAUAAAUAAUGCUUUAAGUCAAAGAGUAAAGGCUCGCGUCACCUUUAAAGCUAACAAAUUGAACACAUAUCGUUUUUGUGAUAAUGUCUGGACACUAAUGCUGAACGAAGUGGAAUUCCGAGAAGUUCACGAAUUCGCUAAGGUUGACAAAGUUAAAAUAGUGGCUUGUGAUGGCAAAAGUGGUGAUUUCAAUUAAAUGUAUUCGACUAAAAAAGCUAAAUGAUGAUAAACGAUAGCCUGGAAAAAAUAAAGACUUCUGUUGUGAUACAACGAAAUCAUUUACAUAUAUA